UAAUGAGCAAUAGUCCAAUUUUAAUGAGUGUUAAGCGUCUCAUAAUGAGCACUGUGUUAUUACAAAAAAAGUUGAUAUCACAACUAAAAACGGUGGCAUUUUCGUAAUUUCAAUGAAAAGCUUGGUUUUCGUUAGAUGAGCAUUGACACACUUUUAAUGAGCAUUAGGCAUAUUCUACUGAGCAUUAAGAGCCAAAUAAUGAGUAUUGUCAUAUCAACUUCAUAUAUUGUAAUUCACAUUUUUUUUCUUAUUUAUUCUUUUAUAAAAACUCAUUAAAUUAUAUCUAUAAGCAAUUCCUAUGAAUUUCAAUAUGCGAAUCUAAUGUAAUAUGAUACUUUUGGAAUAUGCAUUGUUAUGAAAUUUUAAAACUGAGCAUAAUAGAAGUACCAAUUGAGCACACGUAAGUCGUAACUUACAAAAUGAGCAUUACUAUGAAAGUUAUAAGUUUUUUAGAUGAGCAUUAAAACAAUUUUAUUGAGUAUCAAACACCCUCUAUUGAGUAUUAGAAAAAUGCAAUUGAGUAUCAUGGUUUGUGCCUCGUAUCUAUAAUCAACUCCUACGCAAACGUAAUGUAAUACAUUGCUUUUGGGAUAUGCAUUGACAUAACAUUUUAAAAUGAGCAUAACACCAAUACGAUAUCAAAGUUAUAAGCUUGGUUAGCUGAGCAUCAAGACAUUUUCAAUGAACAUCAAAUCUCAUCAAUUGAUUAUCAGAAACAUGUAAUUGAGUAUCAUGACCUUUGGUCUCGUGUAUACUCCCUCCGUCCCGAAAACAACUUCCCGGUUGGACUUUCACACACUUUUAAGAAAUAAAUUUGACUUUACUGUAGAAUGCACUGUUUUGCACUGUUUAAACACUGUUUGACACUGUUUAAACACUGUUUGGCACUGUUUAAACACUGUUUGGCACUGUUUAUCACUUUUUUGAUGUAGAUAAUUUGCCAAGUAAGGAAAGUAUUGAAGUGUGAAGUUAAUUUUGGGACAUCCAUUUAAGGAAAGUGGGAAGUUGUUUUCGGGACGGAGGGAGUAUAAUUUAACUCUUAUGCGAAUUUAAUGUUAUUGUUUUGAAAUGAGCAUAACCUAGUACGAGAUGAACACAUGUAACUUACAAAAUGAGCAUCGAAAAAAUUAAAAGCUCGUUUGAAUUCUCUAAUGUGUUCAAAUUUAUUUGUGCAUAUUUAGUUUACACUAUACUCAUUUUAAUAUAACACAAAACUCAUGUUAGAAAUUGAGACACAAUAUUUAAUAACUAAUAAAUACUUAUCUUAAAAGUAAAAAUAGAAAAAUAAAACAUUUAUACCUAAAAUAUUUUUAAAAUGGACAAAUUAAAAAAAUUACAUUAGGAAGAUGAUUGAAAAAAGGAGCAAAAAAAACUCGACACCUUAUUAAUAUUUUAUAUUGUAAAGUUUCAUAAUAAUUGAAUAAAAUUUAAAGCAAAAGGCUCUUGAAUUAAAAAGUAAAGGCUCUUGAAAGAAAAAAAGAUCACAAGUAAAAGGCAGGGACUGCGGACUAUAAACGUACGAAUGAAAAAAACAAAAGAAAAGACGAAUUGAAAAAAGCAGAGCAAAGAACGUGCGGAGACUGCGGACUGCGGUAAGAGAAAGCAGGGACGACGACCGAGAAAGAAUCAGAGAAAGCAGAGCACCGUAGCUAUAACCCUGCAAGUUCAAUUUAAUUUAAAAAAUACCCGGCUGUACGGUGCUCACCAUACAGCCGGUUGUAUGGUAUAAUCUGCGGAGUGCUACGGCUAACAUACGCUGUUUGAAUUGAGCGACGUGUUCCACUGGGUCUGACGUCCCAUCAAACAUCUUCAUGGCGGGGGCGAUGAACUUCCUGGGUAUCUCGACGUUGGUGAUACGUCUACUGAAGGGAGACUCUGCAUAACAUGUCCUGGACGCUCUGUCCAAAGGUGGGGGAACACCUGGUAAUCCGUUGAUUUUAUCCUGCAUUUGACGCAUUUGCUCCAUCAACAUGGACAUCUGAUCUGCCACAACCGGAUGAAGCGGAACCGGGAAUGAAGACGUUGGUCCAGCCAACAGGGUGAAUUCAUGACGUUGUUCAGAAAACGUCGAUGCUGGCAGCACGUCGGGUCUGUCGAGGCGUCGCGUCUGAGGUUCUAAAAAUGACACACUAGGCCCACUCCGUCUGGCGUCCUGCAUGAAACUUGAUGAGCCGGCCUCUACACCAUUCCUGUUUCUGUAAUGAGGGAUUGACGGCUCUGCUGGGUCAAGAGUCACACCAGUUGACGGAUUGGAGUUGGAUGGACCGGGAUCCCCGCUGGUUCUGCUCCUGUAAUGGGGGAUCGACGGUUCCGUCGGGGUGGAGUACAGAGUCGUCGCCGGCAUGCUUUGAGUUGCUGCCUACAAGCCUAACCCGUUCGAUCUGACCCGAAGGGAUUCCGGGAAAAAACAAACUGGUAUGUUGGCUGGUGGUGUCGUUGCUGGCACGAGUGGCGUAUAUGGGAUGACUUGCGAUAUGACCGUCGAGUGUGGCUCUCCUGUCGGCGUUGGCGACAGACCCAGCGUAAGGGAUACUGGAUCCGUCGACGCCGGUGGUGGAUUCGUCAAUGGUGGGGAGAAGCCGAGAUCCAGCCUUGUUGCAGCAUUCAUAGUGUCAAUCCUCCGAUUGGGCCUGGAAUUCGAGGCUAUUGAUAGUGCAGAUUGUACCUGGGACCGAAGUACAUCGUUUUCUCGUUGAAGAAGGGCCAUUCUCUCCGCCAUCUCACGCCGGAUCUCUUCUCGGACCGUCUCCAAUUGUUCAUGGAAUUCAAUCAACAAUUGAUUCGCUCCUUCCAUGUUUGAACUCUUUCUUGCACGAUGCCCCACAGUGGGCGCCAAAUUGUUUAAGCAAGAAUUUAAACUAUGCUAAAGAGAAUGUAAAGGAUUGGGAUCGUGCAAAAAUAUAUCAAGAAGGAAGGAUUGUAUGAAUUGUAUAAAUACUUUUAUCAAUGGUAAUAGCUUCGUAUGAAUAUAAUAACAAGAGAGUAGUGUUGUUCUUUUCUUUUCGAACUGAUUUUUACAUAAUGACUCAACCUCUAUUUAAAUAAUUGCUUUCAUUCCUAUUUACACACUAACCGCCCACCAAAAUAGCAGGGACGGGUGAACGUGCUUAGCCCUUCCUUUCUCCCCAACUUUAGCUCAUACUUAUCCACUAAGGGCUGCUGCCCACCUAAUUCGCAUUUCAAAUUGAAUUCCUUUCCACUGGGCUUCGGUGCUUAUACGAUCCUCACAAGUGGGCCGGCCAUUUCAGUCAUUUAAUUUUCCACUGAGCUGCGUCACUUGAUGGGCAUUCCUUGGCCCAACACAACUUCAAUUCGCCAGCACCACUCUAAAACAGAACCAACACUAUAUCGUAUUCCUAUUCUUCCUAUUAUUAUUGUGGUGUAUUAUUUAUACAUUAUACUUAAUUAAAUGCGCUUAAUAUUUGUGUAUAGAUGAUAUUACUCAUUACAUAAUUCAGCAGACUCUAUCUUCCAAGUUGUGUUGGAUAGUCCUAAGCCAAAAUUCUCCUCGUACGUUCUUAUUUUAUCUUCUACCUUGGUAUCAAAAUGUUCUCUACUUUGUUAUUUGUGGAGCUAUGUUGCACAGAAAUGCGAAAAUAAUGAGGAAGCGGAAAACGAAAAAUAGAAAACGUCAAUGUUUGCUCAAAAGGGCUUGUUUGGAGAGUUUUCAAAGAGUUUCCGAAACAGAAACGUACUCUUUCUCAAGAGUUUUCGUGCUACAUAGUUGUGGAGUAUUAACCUUUCUGAAUAAUAUGACACGGUCACCUUAGUUUUAUGAAAAAUGGAUCCCUUUCUCGAUCAUAUGCACAUCGGAAAAAAUGUGUGACAACAUAAUUUCGACUAUUAUGAAUGCUCCCGGAUAGACAAAGGACCGGAUCAAUAUCCGGAAAGACAUGGUUGAACAUCUCAAUAUUCGAAAAGAAUUGGCUUCACAACCACGUCAAAAUGGGAUUUAUCUUCCACAAGGGAGUUAUACACUGUCAAUAACUGAGAAACGGACUUUCUGUGAAUGCUUAUAUAUAUGGUAAAAAGGUGCCUUCGGGGCAUUUCUCGAACAUUAAAAAUCUUGUAUCAUUAAAGGAUUUGAAAUUGGUUGGUUUGAAGUCUCACGUCUAUCAUGUUUUGUUGCAACAUUUGUUGUCGGUUGCUUUACGAGAAAUUUUACUAGAUCAUGUUAGACAUGCAAUCAUGAGGUUGAAUUUCUUUUUCAAUGUUAUAUGCCAAAAAUUAAUUUGUCCCGACAAACUUGAUGCACUAUAAUCUGAAGUGAUUAUUACUUUGCGUCAACUUGAAAUGUAUUUUCCGCCUUCAUUAUUUGACAUUGUGGUGCAUCUUAUUGUGCAUUUGGUUACAAAGUGAAGCUAUGUAGUCCGGUUUUCUUGAGAUACAUGCACAGAAUGGAGAGACAUAUGGGAUAUUUGAAAUCAAAGGUAAAAAAUCGUUGUCAUCUUGAAGGUAGUAUAAUCAAGGGUGUUGUUGACAAAGAAGUGAUGGAGUUUUGUACACCCGAUAUGAUGAAUGUUGAACCAUUGGGUGUUCCAAAGUAAAGACAUGAUGAUAGAAUUGAGGGCAAAGGUAUUCUUGGAAAGAAAAUACUAAAGAAUGUGGACAAUGAGUUCGUGGAAAAGGCUCAUCAUCUUGUUUUGCAUCAUUUAGAAAUUGUUUAUCCUUUUGUGGAAAAACACAUGGAUGUUUUGAGGACUUAAUUUCUGUUGAAAAGUGAAGUGUGGUUGACUAAUGAACACAACCGCACUUUUUCAUGUUGGUUUAAACACUUCAUUUUCAAUGACACAAAUUAUGCUUAUAAUGAGAUUGAUGAAGAUAUUAAGUGGUUGGCUUAUGGUCCUAAACGUGCAAUUGAUUCAUAUGAAGCUUAUGAUAUCAAUGGCUGCACUUUUUAUACUAUCGGAAAGGAUGCCAAGUCUGUAUUAAAGAAUAGCGGGGUAUCAAUGGUAGCAUCUUCGGUAGAAUAUGCAAGUUCAAAUGACCAAAAUCCGCUUUAUGCGAAGAUGUUGUAUUAUGGGAAGAUCGAGGAUAUAUGAGAGUUAAACUCUACGAAUAGAACAUUUUCACUCUUCAAAUGUCAAUGGGGCGAUAUUCGAACAGGAGUCACAUUAGUAAAUUUUACCCGACCUGGAUAUUGUGAUGAUCCAUUCAUACUUGCAUCACAAGCAGAACAAGUAUUUUAUAUAGGAGAUCCUUUAAAUAAACGAUGGUGUGUCGUUUUACUUGGCAAGAGAAAUUUAAAUGUUGAUGAUUUUGAAGGUAGAGAAGAUGAUUAUGUUGAAGAUAUGCAAUCAUUAUCUGUAGGUAUGCAUGAAAUAAAAAUGUGAAGUACAAUUACAAUGAAGAUGAUCUUCAAUUUGUGGGAAAUCAUAACGACGACAUAGAAAUUCACUUUGAAAAGUCAAAGUGAUAACAUGAUACUUCACUACAAUUGAUAUGAGUGAUGAAGAUGGGGGAUGACUCUAGUCACGAGGAGGAAUCUCAUGGAGGUGAUAUUAGCAGUGGGCGAAGAGCGAGUGACGGGAGGAAAAUCAAUCAUUUUGCUAAAAACGACCAGACAAUUGGCAAAUGGGCUGAAGAUUUUAAAACUUUUGUAUACAAGAUAACACAUUCUCGCUGAAUUUAGCAUUGAAAGUUGGAAGCAAGUUUCAAAGGGUUUAAAACUGCAAAUGUGGAAAGAGAUUCAGGAUAAAAUUCAAGAAGACAUUUCUACGGGGACAUGGAUGCCACAUGGAUGACAUGAUAUUCUUUCUCAGAUUUUAGAGAAACCCGACUAUCCUGGGCGUGUACACGGUGUUGGAGGCAACAUGGGUCGUAAACAAGUGUUUCAUCGGGAGUCAAGGAGUUCACGCAAGAUUGGAAGUUUAAGUGAUGUUGAUUUGAAAAGGUUGAAGAAUGAGUUGGUGAAAGAUGUAGAAAAAGCUUUUAUUCAGAAAGUUUUUUAGUCUACCACAUUUGAGUUUAUGUCUUCACAGAAAGUAUUGUCGAUACUAUGAACUCCACUGCCCCAGUUCCACAAAAACAUUUCAAGGUUUCAGGAUGGACCGUGGUAGACAUUCCGUAGAUAUGGGUAAUCUCCAACGCAACCGAAGGAAGGAGAUUGCGACAAGUCAUCCUAGUUUACGCAAAGGCAAAGGUAAAGGGCGGGCCGGGUCUUCUUCUCAAAGUCGAGAAGAUUUUGAAACGGGGGUACCAAAGGCGAGAUGGGGAUGCGAUGUCCGACGAGCAACUACAACAACUAUUGGCGCAAAAUGAUGGUCGCUUUUUCCAACAACAAAAUAUCCUGGAGUCCAUUGAUGAAGACGAGCUCGAGGAUGACGAUGCGGAGGAGGACGAGGGGGGCGACGGGACUCACGGCACCCCGGAUGAUGAGAAAGAGUUAGAGGACGAGGGCGGUUCAUCCCAAAUUGGUAAGAAAUCUAAAUCUCCUAUUAUAGAAAAUAAUUUUACAAAGAGGAAAGACAAAACAACCGAUAAAUGGAACGCAAGUUGCAAUCAUUGCAACAAGGAGUAUAGCUUUGGAACUUCCGGCGGAUACGGGAGCCUCAAAAGGCAUCUUAAGUCCGCGCACUCUGUGGAGUAUGUGAAAAUAGACAAAGGCAAGGGGAAGCAAACUCAAAUAUCGAGGUUUGCAUAUGACCAACCUUUUGGUAAUUUCUCAUACAAUGAUGCACAAAAUUUGACUGGUAUGGCUAACUUAUUUGUUGAAGAAAAUUUGCCUUUUUUGUUUUCUGAAAGUCUUGCUUUUAAAGAUUAUGCACAAACUUGUUUAAAUCCUCAAUUUAGAGCUUAUAGUCGCAAAACGGUUAAGAAAGAAAUUAUAAGGCUUUAUCGUGCGGAAAAGGAUUGGUUACAAAAAAAAUUGCAAACUUUGAUGGCCGUGUUACUAUUUGUUCUGACAUUUGGGAGGAUACUUAUCAUAAUUUACAUUAUUUGGGUCUGACUGCACAUUUUAUUGAUAAUGAUUGGAAUAUGCAUAAACGUGUUCUUGCUUUUCGUGAAUCUAAUGAUUGUCACACCGCCGAACAUAUUUAUAUUUUGAUUGAACGUAUUUUAACUGAGUAUAAUUUGAUUGAUAAGGUGUUUGCUAUAGGUUUUGAUAAUGCUACUAAUAAUACUGCUGCUAUACCUAGAUUGCGUGAAUUGUGUGGUUCUAAUACCUUGAUGGGUAGAUUUUUUUAUCAACGAUGUGCAUGCCAUAUUAUAAAUUUAUGUGUGCAAGACGGUAUAAAAGCGUUAGGAGAUGCUAUGGAGGUAGUCAAGGGGGGGGGGAUUAGACGUAUUUGGGGCAAUGGUCAACUUAAAUUAAAAUGGCAAAAUUAUUUGAUUGAAAGAGGUGUGAAAUAUGUUGCUUUUCCUAAAGAUUUGUCUAUUCGCUGGAAUAGUACUUGUAAAUUAAUUAAAGUUCUUCUUAGAUGUAAAGAACAUUUUCCUGCUUUUUGAAGACAAUAUGAUAACUAUAUUUUAAACUCCGCUCACGUCGACACUUGUGAAAAAAUUUGUAAUGUUUUGAUAUAUUUUAAUAAUGCAACUGAUAGUUUUAGUCAUGUUUAUAAACCUACCUCUAACGAAUUUAUUCGUGAAGUUGUUAAUCUCGCCGGUGCUUUUAAUGAAUUUGAGAAUGCCGCUUACGUGAGUUAUUUUUGUGGUUUUAUGAAGGAAAAGUUUUUAAAAUAUUAUGCACAUAUUCCGCAUAUUUAUGGUAUUGCAUUUAUUCUCGAUCCUCAUUAUAGACUUGGUAAUUUGGAAGAAUGUUUGAAGUUCAAUUAUAAUGCUUUUAGUAAUUUAUUUUAUGCCUUAUUUAAUGAGUUUCAUGCACAAUAUGGCAACGCACCCUCUCCCCCGACACACACAUCUUCAUCUAAAGGAAAAUCACUUUUUAAAUCUGCUUUUGGCAAUCUUAUGAAAAAAACUAAAACAACUCACACUACUGAACAAAGCGCACUUAAUGAGAUUUCUUUGUAUAUAAAUUAUGAGGUAGAAUUUGACGAAAAUGAGGAGUUUGACGUUCUAAAGUGGUGGAAGUCAAAAGAAAGAAUGUUCCCGAUUUUGGCACAGAUGGCUAAGCAAGUGCUACCAAUGCCGGUUUCAACAAUUGUCGUUGAACAAGAAUUUAGUUCGGCCGGCAAUGUUCUAACGGCAUCUAGAACGAGUUUGAGCGCAGAGUCUCUUGAGACGCUUAUAUGCUACCACGAUUGGUUGAAGGCCAUACGUCGAACUCAAGAAAUUAGCAUCACCCCCUCCCAAGACUUUAUGGAUGAAUCAACAACCGAGGUGGCUCCUAUGCCGGAGAUUCCGAUUGAUUAGUAUUUUACAAUUUAUUAUAAAAUGUAUUUUAUGUUUUAAUUUUUCCCUCAAUUCUUUAUUGUAAUUUGUAAACUUGUAGUUCAUAUUUCCAAUAAAUAUACUGUUGAGAAA